AUGAAAGAGAAGAGCUUGGGGCAAAAGACAUCACCUUAUGACUUGUAUUCAUACAACAAUAUUCCUACCAAUUCAUUGCCUCAUGAUAUAAGGCUGAGACCUGGAAAUGUGAUUUUUAACCACAAUUUGGAAUGGCUGAAUGACAACAUGGGAUCUAGAGUUGACUAUUCUGCCCCUGGUCAUGGCUGCACCACUAUGUUAUACAAUGUUGAUGGGAGUCGGUUGUUUUCUUGGAGAACAAAUGCAGACGGUGGACUACAGAUUUUUCCAUGGUUGAGGUUCAACAAGGAAGGAAAUCUUCUUGUUGUUGCUACUGCUGACAAUGGGAUCAAGAUUCUUGCAAAUGCUUUUGGUUUGAGCACGGGACACAAGAAAGAGAUCAUUCUUCAGAAAGGAUUGAUAUGGGUUCUAUUGAAGCUUGGAUUCUUGGAAAAAGGUAUCAUGUGGAAACAGAAGCAUAACAAUAAGAAGUAGAAACAAGAAGGUGUUCCUUAAUAGCAAUGCCGUAUUAGGUUAUAUAGGAAAAACCUCUUAAUAACA